UGACGUCGUGCUUCUCGUCCGGAAGUCUCGCGUUACUUGGCAGCCUCAACGCAACGUAGCAGCCGCUGGAGCGACGAAGGGAACCCACGGCCCUUUGGCUGAGCUGAACUAUUUGGACUUUUGAACGAAAGAAGCGGCGUCUAUUAAAAUGACGAGAGGAAAUCAACGUGAGCUUGCACGUCUGAAGAAUGCCAAAAAAAAUCCCGACCAGGGUAAACCCAAGAAGGGGGAGGAAGGACUCUCUGCUGCUGCACGGAAGCAGAGGGAUGCCGAGAUAAUGCAACAGAAGCAGAAGAAGUCGGAUGGAGGGGGGAAGGAGGAGACCAAGUCCAAGUAGAGAAUGAUGUCAGAAACAAAUUCAACUCUGCGCUUCAAUAACAUCCCAUGUUAAGCAUUGUUCCUGUUGUUUCUCAGAAUGAUAAUUUUGUCUAGCCUCAAGAAUCUAGGAUCCUACAUUCUUCCCCACGUUGGAUUCUUUAUUUUUACUUUUGUCCGAUCAAGUCAACGGUUGUCCCACAUUGGUGCUGCAUGCAUAAAAGCAUCAGUGGUGUAAGCAGCAGAAGGAAGAACAAGUCUUCAAGACAACAACAUCUACUUAACAGUUGUGUAUUUUUGUACAAAAAUAUCCCCUGCUGGUUUCAAAUAAAGUGUAUCUUUUUAGUUGA